AUGGUGAGCUCCCUGCCGCUGUUCUUGCUGCUGCUGCUGCUGCUCUCUGCGGCCAGCUUCGGCGGCGGCGUGAGGCUCGGCAAUGGCGGCUACGAGGACUGGAGGCUCGGCACCGCCACCUACGUCAAGGAGUUCCAGUCGCACCCUCUCAACGACGGUGGUGGCGCCUGCGGGUACGGCGACCUGGACAUCUUCAGGUACGGCCGCUACACGACGGGGCUGAGCGUGGCGCUGUUCGGGCGCGGCAGCGCCUGCGGCGGCUGCUACGAGCUCCGGUGCGUGAACCACAUCCAGUGGUGCCUCCGGGGUAGCCCCACGGUGGUGGUGACGGCGACGGACUUCUGCCCCGCCAACAUGGGCCUCGCCGACGAGGCCGGCGGCUGGUGCAACUUCCCACGGGAGCACCUCGAGCUGUCCGAGGCCGCCUUCCUCCGCGUCGCCAAGGCCAAGGCCGACAUCGUGCCCGUGCAGUUCCGAAGGGUGAGCUGCGACAGGGCGGGCGGCAUGCGGUUCACCAUCACCGGCAGCGCCCACUUCCUGCAGGUGCUGAUCACCAACGUGGCGGCGGACGGCGAGGUGGCGGCCGUGAAGGUGAAGGGGUCGACAACGGGGUGGAUCCCGAUGGGGCGGAACUGGGGCCAGAACUGGCAGUGCGACGCCGACCUCCGCGGCCAGCCGCUGUCGUUCGAGGUCACCGGCGGGAGGGGCAGGACGGCCACCGCCUACGGCGUAGCGCCGGCGGACUGGAUGUUCGCGCAGACGUUUGAGGGCAAGCAGCUCGCCGAGUAG